ACGUUCUUUUUUAUGAUAACAAAUGUCAAAAUCUUUCGUUUAUUUAGCACAAAAUGUAAUUUACAGAAAGAUAUUAGCGAUUUAUGCAAAUUACUGUGGUAAUUGCGCAUCAAUUCUGACCAAAAUUUGCUAAAAAGUUAAGUGUUUCUUUGGUUGACAGAGGGGACAAAAUUGAAAAAUAUAAACAAAAUGGAAACGUCACCUGAUUGAUGUGCUGUGUUGUGAUUCCAGUUUUUCUCAUAACAACCGUCUAUCAACCGUGUCGGACGAUAUAAAAAAGUGUUUGUUACGUGUUUUGUUGUGCUAUUGUGAUAGUAUUCGUUUCUGAUGUGACCUCAUUAUGAAUUGGUUCGACACGUCAGGCCUGACGAGUUUGGCAAAGACAGCCUUGAAGGAGGCCCAGAAGACCAUCGACAAGGCUCUAGACAUACAGGAUGAGAGCGGCGAGGAGCCCGAGGAUGAGUCCCCGCCACAGAGCACCGCGAAAUCGUCUCCGAGCAAGAGUGGGACGCCUCAAAAAGACAGUGAUUUCUUCUCUUCGUGGGGCUUGACCGUGAGCGCUGAGAGUGGCAAGGAUGACCCCAUCAAAGAGCAGCCAGUGGUCACGGAGAGCCCGUCGAAGUCGACCUCGCAGAGCUUGUGGGGAUCCUUCGCAGGUUCAUUCUUUGAACAACCUACAAGUGAGCAUGAUUCCACCAUAGUCCAACCUCCCAAAGCAAAAUCUAUGAAUGUGAUUGCUGACGCCAAAUAUGGCAGUCAAGAUGAUUUAUUUUCUAAAAGCCAGCUAGUUAUGUCAGACGGGGCUGAAGGUUUAGAAUUCAAGAUUGCUAAAACAUCAAAAGAUGAUUUCUCAAAAGUUGAAGACAGAAGAGGUUCAUCGCGUUCAAACAGGUUAUCAUUGGUAUCUAGCAGAAACAGUUCUGAUUCUGUAGAAGUUUUGUCACACAGUUUAAAAACGACCCCCGAUUCGGAAGCAGCUUCCGGGCAGUCCAUGUCGCACAGCAGCAGUGUGGGGCAAAAACUGAACUCUGACUCUGUGGAAAUAUUACCCGACAGUUUGGUUAGUCCGAGUUCUAUUGAGUGCCUUGGCUUUGACAGUUACUCUAGUGAUAGAAAUAGUAGCUCCACAUCAUCCCACUUGUCUCCUGGUGAUGUGAGCGAUAAGAAGUCCACUCCUGUGGGAGAGCGGACUGAGAGAGCCGAGACUGCUGAUAGUGUGAGCCUGGUUGCAGACGAUGAUGAAGAUACUAUGUCUUAUAAUUCUAUAUCGGAGUGUACCGCACCAACAGUUUUAGAUACAGACGACAAAUCUGCUAGUCCCUUUCCAAAAAUGCUUAGGAGUGAAAGUCGAAAAAUUUUAGAGAAGGAUUUCAUACAUUUAGAACAGUCGGUGUUGCCCCAUCGAAUGCAAAUCAGUGAGAACUCAUCUAAUGAUGGCUCGUGGUCUGAUAGAACUCUAAACGCUGACAAUGAGAGCAUUAUUUUGGAAAAUACAGUAGAAGAGCCAAAAAAAGAAAUGGAUCAAGAAGAUAUUUUGAUGGAGAAACUUAGUGACUCCUCAUCAUUUUACAAUGUGAACGUGUCUGUGGACAUGCUCAGGUCUGAGAGUUCUGCAUUUGUAAAUGUUGAGAAGCAGCAGUGCAGCGGGCCAGACAGCGACUCCUCCCAAAAAGAGGGGAGCUUAAAGGAGAGGACUUCUCCAAUUAGCUCGGAUAGUAAAAGUGAUUUAGUGAAGAUUGGCUCUGACAGGACAUCUGGACACACAUCUGGGGAUGAGCUGGAGACUGCCACUUCGUCGGAUAUUGAAAUAAUUCCAAGCCCCAACGGUGACGGUCAUUUUUGCAGAAGUAGUCCAGCCAAGUAUGGGCUAAGGCAAUCCAAAUUUGAUGGAACAACAUCACCGAACCUGGUAGACUUGGUGCUGGGGAAAUCAUUAGCUACAAAGAUACGGGGACACAAUCGGGAGUUGUCGGAGGCUUCCAUUCAAAGCAACACCAGUGAUGAGAGUCAGAGUUCUGAGAAUGAGAGGUUGAUGAGAAGGCUUUGUGAAAUGGCCGAAAUCUUGGAGGCGCGGGAGAACAGACUGAUGGAGGUGAGCCGGAACAAUGCGGAGCUGGCGGAGAGUAAUGCGGACCUCAAGAGCCAGCUGGACUCGAUGGUGGCCAAGCACGAGAGCGGCGAGAUCAACAUGAUCACUGAAGACUACACACAGAGGAUGUCGGCGUUGGAAAAGAAAUUCCAGCAAGCGAUAAGAGAAAAGGAUCAGCUAAGAAAACAACUAGAUACCCUCAAGACCGAGGCGUCUCGGAAGAACUCGUCCGACCUCGAGAACAGCCUGAAAGAGAAAGACGACGUUAUCACCCAGCUACAGGAGGAGGGAGAGAAGCUGGCGCGGCAGCAGCUGCAGCACUCCAACAUCAUCAAGAAGCUCCGCGCCAAGGAGAAGGACAAUGAACAGGUCAUCAAGAGCCUAAGAGACAAGAUAGCAGACCAGACGAGCGAGCUAGAGCGACUGAAGCGCUCGCUUUCCGCCAAGGAAGAGCUGGAGGUGAGCCAGGUGGAAGCCGUGUACCGGCUCACCACCGCCAACAAGAAGCUGGACGCCGAGCUUGCAGAGACAAAAAGCGCGCUAGAUGACGCUACACACCGGCUGGAGUCGACGCGGACGUCGCUGGACGCGGCGCGGCGCGAGCUCACCGCGCUCCGCGGCAGCGGCGACGAGCUGGCCCGCACACGCGCGGCACACGCGCGUCUUGACCACGACCUGCGCGCUGCCCGCGCUGAAGCUGCCGCGCGUGCUGCCGAGCUGGCGCGCCUGCGGGCCGACGUCACGGCCGAGGAGCGCCGCUGGGCGACCCGCGAGGAGGCGCUGCGGCGAGAAGUACGCGAGGCGCGCGAGCUGGCGUGCGCGGACGCGGCGCCGGCGCCCGCGGAGUCGUGCGGCGCCCUGCUGGCGCAGCUGGCGGCCCUGCAGCGCGCCGCUCUCCAGCGGGACACCGCGCACGCGCACCACACGCGCGCCCUCCGCGCCCAGCUGGCGGAAGCGGAGACGUCUUUAGCCAAGGCGGUGGAGCGCGAGCGGGUGUCUCGUGAGGAGGCGGCGGCGGCUACCUCUCGCCUGGCCGCGGCAGAAGGCUUGCUACAGGACGCACAGGCUCGCCUGGACGCCGUCACCGCGCACGCACAGCAGCUGUUGAAUAGGGUCACUAAGCUGGAGGAGGAGCUAGCCAACAAAUCGUCCGAGCUGGACAGGGUUCUGUGCGAGAAGGAAGCGACAAGUUCAGAACUGCAUGGACUGCUGGCGGCGGCGCAGCAAGCGCUGGACGCCGAGCGAGCGGCGCUGGAUACUGAGAGGAAGCGGAACUCCAUAUUGCAGGACGAGGGGUCUAUCACGCCGACGGGCGCAGGCGCAGCUGCUUCGCUGUCGGCCGCGCUGGGCGUUGAAGACGCGCUCACCCGCCGCGACGGCUCCUUGCGUGCGUUGACGGCACAGCUGCACCAAGCACGAGCUGAGAGGAGCCGCGCUUGUGACAGUCUUGCGGCAUUGCAGGCGCGGUUAGAUGACUACCAGAGCCUGCAGGAGCAGUACGACGCGCUACUACAGAUGUACGGCGAGAAGGAGGAGCAACUGAGCGAGGCGCGCCUCGACCUCGCCGACGUCACCGCGCUCUACAAGGCGCAGCUCGCCGACCUAGUCACGCUGAGACAGCAGGCCAGGUAGCCGCCCAUCGCCAGCGCUUCGAGACCAACAUUUGGCAAGUGCUGAGAAGAGAAGAACCGCCCACCAGCCCCGCCCAUGCAGGCAUACAGCCGGUUUUGAGAUCUC